CUGUGCUGGACUCACAAGUUGGCUUGCUGGACCAGUUCACUCGUCGUCUUUGAGCCUCGCGGACCAGAGCACACGCACUGAAGCCAGCACAAAUGCUCGGUGCUCACAGCAGCUCGGCGAAGGGUGUCGCUGGGUGCUCGAGGCGCAGGGCGAGCCUCGCCGCUGCUCCCGGCGGUGCCCCUGUGCUGCGCGCGCCGCUCCUGCGCCCGCUCUCGGCCACACCUGCCAACUCCUCCUCCUCCUCCGGCGCUUCCUCAUCCGCAUCCUCUUCCACGCUAGCACCCGACUGGCGCGAGCGCGCCAAGCCAAUCCAGCCGGGCAGCAGCUACCCCGCGAAGGAGCACUGCUCCAACUGUGGGCUGUGCGACACGUACUAUGUGGCGCACGUGAAAGACGCGUGUGCCUUCCUGGGGCCGGGCAUGUCGCGCAUUGAUGAGCUGGAGGAGCGCGUGCACGGCCGCCGCCGCGACGUCAACAGUGACGACGAGCUCCACUUUGGCGUCACGGCCCCGGGCGGCAUGGCCUACGCUGCCAACGUGCCGGGCGUGCCGGGAGCGCAGUGGACCGGCAUUGUGACUCAAAUCGCCAUCGAGAUGCUCCAGAGCGGCAAGGUGGACGCGGUGGUGUGCGUGCAGAGCGACGAGAACGACAGGUUCACGCCAAAGCCCGUGGUGGCUCGCACCGUGGAAGACAUCAUCAAGGCCCGCGGUGUGAAGCCCACCCUGUCGCCCAACCUAAACGUGCUGGCCACCGUGGAGGCGCUGCAGGUCAAGAAGCUGCUCUUUAUUGGCGUGGGGUGCCAGGUCCAAGCCCUUCGCUCCAUCGAGCCGCACCUGGGGCUGGAGAAGCUGUACGUGCUGGGGACCAACUGCGUGGACAACGGGCCCAGGAAGGGCCUGGACAAGUUCCUCAAGGCCGCCAGCACGCGGCCCGACCAGGCCCUGCACUACGAAUUCAUGCAGGACUACAGGGUUCACGUGAAGCACACGGACGGGUCGUUUGAGUACGUGCCGUACUUCUGUCUGCCCGCCAACGAGCUGAACGACGUCAUCGCGCCCUCCUGCUACUCCUGCUUCGACUACCCCAACGCCUUGGCAGACAUGGUGGUGGGCUACAUGGGAGUUCCCUACCUGAACAAAGACAUGACCUCACACCCCCAGUAUGUGGUGGUCCGCAACGACCGCGGUAAUGAGCUGUUGGACAGCGUGCGGCACCGACUGCAGAUCACGCCCACCGUCUCCACAGGCGACCGCCGGGGCAUUGUGAUGCAGACGGUGGCCAGCGAUGAUGAGGCCAAGAUGGGCCAGCUGCGGGACCCCGCGCCGCGCUGGCUGGGCAACAUGCUGGCCUGGCUGCUCAACCUGAUCGGGCCCAAGGGUCUGGAGUUCGGCAAGUACUCCAUCGACUACCACUACAUCAGGAACUACUUGUACGUCAACCGCAAGUGGGGGGCCAAGCGCGCCGAGCAGCACAUUCCCUCCUUCGCCAAGAAGAUCGUGCAGCAGUACGACAAGGACGGGGCCGUGAGCAAGCGCAUCAGCCUCAAGCCCAAGUUCUAGUCUAUACUCGCAUCAUUGUGAAUUAAGGUUAUGAGUUGAGGUGGAGGCUGAGUCCCCGUCAGGGGCUUAAAAUAGAGUUCUUUACAGUUUCGCUGGGUUGUGGCGGGGUACGGUGUGGGACACGGGUAUGUGUGGGUUACUUAUGGGGGCUGACCGGCGUGCCUUGUGGCAGAGGAAUGAACUCGAAAUUGCACGGCGCGGUGGAGGGAAUAACGACACUCUACUCGAAUCGAUGCUCGCAGGAUGGGGCCGAAAUGCGCGUUGCAUGGUGUUGAGGAGCGGUCAUCGUACUGAUAAGUAGCGGUUUGGCUCAGAGUAGUACCUAUCUAUUAGACCUCGUAAUUGCAAGACAAGACGACGACGUGUAGAGUAUUCUAUAGGAAGCAGGCCGGAUUGAGGUGCGUGCUUGCCAUGGGCACCGUGGCACACUGGCACCAGCACCGGCACCGUGGUACCCACGCAUACCAUGCUUACUGACAUUCCCGCAAUUUAAA